AUGGCGUCGACCAAAAAGUCCAAGACCCCCAAGGAGUUCGCCGCCGACUUCUUGAUGGGUGGUAUCUCAGCUGCCGUCGCAAAGACGUCUGCUGCGCCCAUCGAGCGUAUCAAGCUCCUUGUUCAGAACCAGGAUGAGAUGAUCAAGCAGGGUCGUUUGGCUACCCCCUACAAGGGCAUCGCCGACUGCUUCGCCAGGACGUACAAGGAUGAGGGCCUUGUCUCCCUCUGGCGUGGUAACACCGCCAACGUCAUCCGGUACUUCCCCACACAGGCGCUGAACUUUGCGUUCAAGGACUACUUCAAGUCCUUGUUCUCGUUCAAGCGCUCGGAGGGUUACUGGAAGUGGUUCGGUGGUAACCUCGCGUCUGGUGGUGCCGCCGGUGCCACGUCGCUGCUCUUCGUGUACUCGCUCGACUACGCCCGUACGCGUCUCGCCAACGAUGCCAAGUCCUCCAAGGGUGGAGGAGCUCGCCAGUUCAACGGCCUGGUCGAUGUCUACAAGAAGACCCUUGCCUCUGAUGGUCUUGCUGGUCUUUACCGUGGCUUCGUCCCGUCUGUUGCUGGUAUCAUUGUGUACCGUGGUCUCUACUUCGGUGGUUACGACUCACUCAAGCCUGUCGUUCUCGUCGGUGCCCUCGAGGGCUCCUUCUUCGCCUCUUUCCUCCUCGGUUGGGGUGUCACCACUGGUGCUGGUCUUGCUUCUUACCCUCUGGACACCAUCCGUCGUCGCAUGAUGAUGACGUCUGGUUCGACCACUCACUACAAGUCGAUGUUCGACGCCGCCUCGCAGAUCGUCGCGAAGGAGGGCACGAAGUCGCUCUUCAAGGGCGCUGGUGCCAACAUCCUCCGUGGUGUUGCUGGUGCUGGUGUGCUGUCGCUGUACGACAAGCUCCAGGAGGUCCUCUUCGGCAAGGUCUACUCCGGUGGCUCUGGCUGA